UAAUGUUGGUAGCUCAUAUUUCACAGGAAGUUUCUUCCUAGUUACAUAUAUGAUGUCUUUUCCUUUAAAGUCGUGCUGGUAAGAGCACACAAUGGGACGUUACUCUCAAGAACCAGUAAACGCUGCAAAAUCGUGCAAGGCACGAGGCUCCAGCCUGCGAGUGCACUUCAAGAACACACAUGAAACGGCACGAGCUAUUAAGAAUUUGUCUCUACGAAGGGCACAGAAAUAUUUAAAAAAUGUCAUCGAGCAUAAGGAGUGUGUCCCAUUCCGGAGAUUCAAUGGUGGUGUUGGUAGAUGUGCUCAAGCUAAACAGUUUGGUACUACACAAGGUCGUUGGCCCAAAAAAUCUGCAGAAUUUUUACUGCAAUUAUUGAAAAACGCUGAAAGUAAUGCUGACGUUGAUGGCCUGGAUCUUGACCGCUUAGUAAUCAAUCACAUUCAAGUAAACCAUGCUCCGUGUUUACGUAGAAGAACGUACAGAGCGCACGGACGCAUUAAUCCUUACAUGAGUUCGCCUUGCCACAUUGAGGUAAUCCUAACUGAAAAGGAAGAUUGUGUGGUAAAGAGCCCAGAAGAAGAGCCAUCAAAAAAGAAACUUAGCAAGAAGAAGCUUGCUAGACAGAAGGAAAAGAUGAUGAGAGAAUAAUUUUAAAUUAUAGCCGAUAAUUGUAUUAUGAAAACUGAAAAUUACACACUGUUGUAUAAU